CGCGUUUGGCCGCCGCACACCGGUCCCUCGCCGGCAGCCUCCGCUGGGGUUUCUCUGCGGCGCUGGGGAUGGAGGCGCUGGCCACGGAGCUGGGGGCCCUGACCCCGGAGCAGGCGGCGGCUCCCGUGAACACGGUGGAGGAAAAAUGGAGACUUCUUCCAGCAUUUCUGAAGGUGAAAGGACUUGUGAAGCAGCACAUAGACUCAUUCAACUAUUUCAUCAAUGUAGAGAUAAAGAAGAUCAUGAAGGCCAAUGAAAAAGUUACAAGUGAUGCUGACCCAAUGUGGUACUUGAAGUACCUCAAUAUCUAUGUUGGUACUCCAGAUGUAGAAGAAAGCUUCAAUGUGACACGACCUGUAUCGCCUCAUGAGUGCCGCCUGCGAGACAUGACUUACUCUGCCCCGAUUACAGUGGACAUUGAAUAUACACGAGGAAGCCAGAGGAUCAUACGCAAUGCAUUGCCUAUUGGCAGAAUGCCUAUCAUGUUGCGUAGCUCCAACUGUGUUCUUACGGGGAAAACUCCAGCAGAAUUUGCCAAACUUAAUGAAUGUCCUUUAGAUCCAGGUGGUUAUUUCAUUGUUAAAGGUGUAGAGAAAGUCAUUCUUAUUCAAGAGCAGCUAUCCAAAAACAGAAUCAUAGUGGAAGCAGAUAGAAAAGGCACAGUUGGCGCUUCUGUUACCAGUUCCACUCAUGAGAAGAAGAGCAGAACGAAUAUGGUUGUGAAACAAGGAAGAUUUUACCUGAAGCACAACACUCUGUCAGAAGAUAUUCCCAUUGCUAUCAUAUUUAAGGCCAUGGGUGUUGAGAGUGCAGAGAUUGUACAGAUGAUUGGCACAGAGGAACACGUGAUGGCUGCAUUUGCUCCUAGUCUGGAAGAAUGCCAAAAAGCUCAGAUUUUUACCCAGAUGCAGGCACUGAAGUACAUUGGAAACAUACGAAGGCAAAGGAUGUGGGGAGGCCCAAAGAAAACAAAGAUGGAAGAAGCACGAGAGCUGCUAGCAUCAACUAUUCUGACCCACGUUCUUGUGAAGGAAUUCAAUUUUCGUGCCAAGUGCAUAUACACAGCUGUGAUGGUGCGCAGAGUAAUUUUGGCUCAAGGAGAAAAUAAAGUAGAUGACAGAGAAUACUAUGGAAAUAAACGUUUGGAGUUGGCAGGGCAGCUUCUUUCUCUCCUAUUUGAAGAUUUAUUCAAAAAUUUAAUUCUGAAUGAAAAGAUGGCUGACCAGGUAAUCCCCAACAACGUGCAGCUCAGUUUGAUUGUCGUGAAGCAUAUGCGUCAAGACCAGAUCACCAAUGGAUGGAGUAAUUUUAUUCCAUAGGGAAACUGGUCUCUGAAGAGAUUCAAAAUGGACCGCCAAGGCGUGACACAAGUAUUGUCCCGCUUGUCUUAUAUAUCUGCUCUGGGAAUGAUGACUAGAAUCUCUUCUCAGUUUGAAAAGACAAGGAAAGUGAGUGGUCCUCGGUCACUACAACCAUCUCAAUGGGGGAUGCUCUGCCCAUCUGACACUCCUGAAGGAGAGGCUUGUGGUUUGGUUAAAAACCUUGCCCUCAUGACUCAUAUUACUACAGAUAUGGAAGAUGGUCCGAUUAUUAAAUUAGCCAGUAAUCUUGGAGUUGAAGAUGUCAACUUGCUCUGUGGUGAAGAACUUUCAUAUCCAAACGUGUUCCUUGUUUUCCUUAAUGGUAACAUCCUCGGUGUCAUACGUGAUCAUCAGAAAUUAGUCAACACAUUUCGGAUAAUGCGUCGGGCGGGUUAUAUCAAUGAAUUUGUUUCCAUUUCUACAAAUCUUUCUGACAGAUGUGUCUACAUUUCCUCUGAUGGAGGGAGAUUGUGCAGACCCUACAUAAUUGUCAAGAAGCAAAAACCUGCAGUUACAAACAAGCACAUGGAAGAACUGGCUCAGGGAUACAGGAAUUUUGAAGACUUCUUGCACGAAGGCCUUGUUGAAUAUUUGGAUGUGAAUGAAGAAAAUGACUGUAACAUUGCGUUGUAUGAACAUACAAUUAAUAAAGAUACAACACAUUUGGAGAUUGAGCCUUUCACACUUCUUGGUGUCUGUGCCGGACUGAUUCCAUAUCCUCACCACAACCAGUCCCCAAGGAACACUUACCAGUGUGCCAUGGGGAAACAAGCAAUGGGUACUAUUGGAUACAACCAAAGAAACAGGAUAGAUACUCUCAUGUACCUUCUAGCCUAUCCACAAAAGCCAAUGGUAAAAACAAAGACAAUAGAACUGAUAGAUUUUGAGAAACUGCCUGCUGGACAGAAUGCCACAGUCGCUGUGAUGAGCUACAGUGGUUAUGAUAUUGAAGAUGCUCUUGUCUUAAACAAGGCCUCUUUGGACAGAGGUUUUGGAAGGUGUCUUGUAUAUAAGAAUGCCAAGUGUACACUGAAGCGCUAUACAAACCAGACAUUUGAUAAAGUCAUGGGUCCAAUGUUGGAUGCAGCUACUCGUAAACCAAUCUGGCGCCAUGAAAUUUUAGAUGCUGAUGGUAUCUGCUCUCCAGGUGAGAAAGUAGAAAAUAAGCAAGUCCUUGUGAACAAAUCAAUGCCAACUGUGACCCAGACGCCUCUGGAAGGAAGUGGUGUGCCUCAGCAGCCACAGUACAAAGAUGUGCCAGUAACCUACAAAGGUGCAACUGAUUCUUAUAUUGAAAAAGUAAUGAUUUCAUCAAAUGCAGAGGAUGCUUUCUUGAUCAAAAUGUUGUUGAGGCAAACUAGACGUCCAGAAAUUGGAGAUAAAUUUAGCAGUCGUCAUGGGCAGAAAGGGGUGUGUGGACUGAUUGUUCCUCAGGAAGACAUGCCGUUUUGUGAUACAGGAAUCUGUCCAGAUAUCAUAAUGAACCCUCAUGGCUUCCCAUCACGUAUGACGGUAGGAAAGUUAAUUGAACUCCUGGCAGGAAAGGCUGGGGUCCUUGAUGGCAGGUUUCACUAUGGAACAGCUUUUGGAGGCAGUAAAGUUAAGGAUGUGUGUGAAGACCUUAUUCGACAUGGUUAUAACUACCUAGGGAAGGACUACGUAACAUCUGGUAUCACUGGGGAGCCUUUGGAAGCAUAUAUCUAUUUUGGCCCUGUGUAUUACCAGAAACUAAAGCACAUGGUGUUGGAUAAAAUGCAUGCAAGAGCUCGAGGACCCAGAGCGGUGCUCACCAGGCAACCCACUGAAGGUCGAUCCCGUGAUGGUGGUUUACGUCUUGGAGAGAUGGAACGGGAUUGUUUGAUAGGCUAUGGAGCCAGCAUGCUUUUGUUGGAGAGACUGAUGAUUUCAAGUGAUGCCUUUGAAGUGGAUGUUUGUGGGCAGUGUGGCUUGCUGGGGUACUCUGGCUGGUGCCACUACUGCAAAUCAUCAUGUCAUGUGUCUUCUCUGCGCAUACCGUAUGCCUGUAAACUCUUAUUCCAAGAACUGCAGUCAAUGAACAUCAUACCUAGGCUAAAACUAGCUAAGUACAAUGAAUGAACAUGAUGAAAAAAAUGGGGAGAAGUACUUCACAGAAGCUGAAAUCCAGCAUGUAUGACUGGAAGAUUUUUUUGGUGAACAGUAGUAACUCUAAAAUCUGAGUGGGUAGAAGGGAGGUACAAGACAAUAUAAGAAAUCUUUCUUACAGAUCCUACCUGGUUUUAAGUUAACAGAGGAGACUGUCAGUAGAAUACACUAGGAGUAGUUAUGAAAGCCUUGAUUAGUCUGAGUGAGCAGGACAUGAGGGAAUUGUGGAAUAAGGCCAUAAUCCAGCAAAGUACUUGCAUCACUUCAAACAACCCGAUGCUUGGUUUUGAAAAGUGCUUUACUGGACAUGGGCUUGAGCUGAACUAAACACAAAUCUUAUUCAAAGAGGUUAAAAAUGUUUUCCAGACCAGUGUAAUAUGAAAGACUAAUAAAUGUUUUAAAUAAUACUGCCUGAAUAUGUGUUGAUGGUUGUGUAAGGAUGGU